AUGGGACGAUCGGCCCUCCUGGCGCAGGCACAGGGCCAGAUUGCAAGGGCGCGGCGCGUGGUCGUCCUGACGGGUGCUGGCAUCUCCACGGACUCCGGGGUGCCGGAUUUCCGUGGCCCCUCCGGUGUAUGGACGAAGGACCCGAGCAUGCAGCGGCUGGUGGACCUGGAUGCAUGGUUGAACGAGCCUGACAUUCGGGUCAAAGGCUGGCAGUGGCUGAAGAGUUGGCGGCUGGACGAGCUUGUGCCAAACCCGGGCCAUGAAGCAGUUGUGGAGCUCCACCAGCAGGGCAAGCUCCACCUGUGUGUUACUCAGAACACGGAAGGACUGCAGGAGCAGGCCGGGCUGCCAGCGGAUUCGCUGGUUACGAUCCAUGGCAGCCGUCGGCAUGUGAACUGCAUGCGACGACGAAUGGAUGAGUGGCUCGACUUCUCCUCAAUGCCUCGUCGGGAGAAGGUUGAAGGGCAUUGUGACUUCUGGUGCUAUUCCCACGAUCUCCUUCAGCGGGUGGAUGGUGGGGAGACGGAUCCGCGCUGUCCGAAGUGCGGUUCGAUCUUGAAGACGGCCAACAUUUCCUUCGGGCAGAGCCUGGUUCCUGGGGACAUCCGGCGAGCGGAGGCGGCCGCGAAGCAGUGCGAUGUGCUGCUGGCCGUGGGGAGCACGCUGAGCGUCUAUCCCGUCGCCAACAUGGUGCCGAUUGCCAAGGCAGCAGGGGCCACAGUCAUCAUUCUGAACGCCGAAGCCACGGCGCUGGAUGAACUGGCAGAUGUGGUCCUCCGUGGAUCCAUCGGCCAGAUUCUGCCCCGACUCGUGGGCUUGGCUGGGAAGCUCUGA